AUGAACAAAGAUCUCCAGCCUCAAGUGUAUACAUACCAGCUGGUGGUGCUGCAGGAGGAGCUGGAGCUGGUGUCGGAGCCGGUGCAGGGCCUGGAACUGGAUUUGGACCAGGUGGGACUGGAACAGGUUUUGGCCCUGGAGGAGCCGGGACAGGAUUUCAGCCUGGUGGAGGAGUUGGACCAGGAGGAGCUGGCGCUGGUGGCUAUGGUGGUCAGGGACCAGGAGGAAUUGGACCAGGAGGAGUUGGACCGGGAGGAGUUGGACCUGGAGGGGUCGGACCUGGAGGAGUCGGACCAGGAGGAUUUGGACCUGGAGGAAUUGGACCUGGAGGAGUUGGACCAGGAGGAUUUGGACCUGGAGGAGUCGGACCAGGAGGGGUCGGACCAGGAGGAGUUGGACCAGGAGGAGUUGGACCGGGAGGAGUCGGAGCGGGAGGGUUCAGGCCCGGCACCUUUGGUCCAAGCAGUGGUGGACUUGGAGUUGGACCUGGAGGAGUUGGGGCUGGUAAGAAAAACGUGGCUGGUUGGUGUAAAGCCUCCAAAAACAGGGGGCGGCUACGGCGGUCGUGGGGCAGGACUAGGAGCUGGUGGCGUAGGAGGAGGACUGGGACCGGGUGGAGUCGGGGCAGGUGGUUUUGGUCCAGGUGGUGUUGGACCUGGAGGCUAUGGAACAGGGCCUGGAGGAGUUGGUCCAGCCGGUUUUGGACCAGGACAAACUGGUCCUGGUGGCCAAGGGACAGGAUAUGGAGGCCUUGGAGCAGGAGGCAUUGGGACUGGCGGAGGUCAGGGAGUUGGAACAGGCCUCACACCUGGGGGUGGCUAUGGAGGUGGUUUUGGACCAGGUGGUGGGAUUCAAUACCCAGGAACUGGUCCCAAACCUCCAAAAACAGGCGGUGUUGGAACAGCGCUUGGAGGAACAGGAUUUGGACCUGGUGGUGCAGGAGUAGGGCCCGGUGGUGCAGGAUUUGGACCUGGUGGAUUCGGGCCUGGUGGUGCAGGAGUGGGGCCAGGUGGUGCCGGAUUUGGACCUGGUGGUGCAGGAGUCGGGCCUGGUGGUGCAGGAUUCGGGCCUGGUGGUGCAGGAGUGGGGCCAGGCGGUGCUGGAUUUGGACCUGGUGGUGCAGGAGUGGGGCCAGGCGGUGCAGGAUUUGGACCUGGUGGUGCAGGAGUUGGGCCGGGUGGUGCAGGAUUUGGGCCUGGUGGUGCAGGAGUGGGGCCAGGUGGUGCAGGAGUGGGGCCAGGUGGUGCAGGAGUCGGGCCGGGUGGCGCAGGAUUCGGGCCUGGUGGUGCAGGAGUGGGGCCAGGAGGAGGAGCAAGUCCGGGUGGAGCUGCUGUGCCUGGUGGAGCUCCGUUGCUACCACAGACUGGUACUACAGGGGUAGGACCAGGAGGAAAGAGUGGUGGAAAAGCAUCAAAACAAGUUCCAGGCAUUGGAGUGCCUGGACUCUAUCAAGGUGGAUUUGUACCAGGACAAGGUUUUGGAGGCCGUGGUGUUCUCCCUGGAGUGGCCACGGGAUCUGGACUUGGCCCUCAGACUGGGGCUGGAGUGGUCGUGGACAGCAGCUGCCUGGGGUUUUUCGUGGAUACCCUCUUAUAUCGCCAAAAUCAGGUGGAGCUGGAACAGGUGUUGGACCUGGAGCAGUACCUGGAUUUGGAGGCGGAGCUGGAACAGGUGUUGGACCUGGAGCAGUACCUGGAUUUGGAGGCGGAGCUGGAACAGGUGUUGGACCUGGAGCAGUACCUGGAUUUGGAGGUGGCGCUGGAACAGGUGUUAGACCUGGAGCGGUACCUGGGUUUGGAGGUGGAGCUGGAACAGGAGGUGGACCUGGAUUUGGAGGCGGAGCCGGAACGGGAGGUGGGCCUGGAUUUGGAGGUGGAGUUGGAACAGGAGGUGGGCCUGGAGCGGUACCUGGAUUGGGAGGUGGAGUUGGAACAGGAGGUUAUGGACCUGGCUCAGCCAAAGCACGCAAAUAUGGCAGUGGAGGCACUGGGACAGCUGGAGGCCUUGGAGGCGGGAGACCGGGCGGAGGAGUUGGCCUCGGCACAGGUGUGGGACCUGGCUCUGGGGUUGGUUUUGGUCCAGGUGGUGCUGGCACUGGGCCUGGUGGUCUUGGCUAUGGUCCCGGUGGUGCUGGUACUGGGCCAGGUGGUCUUGGCUAUGGUCCUGGUGGUGGAGUUGGACCCGGUGGUGCUGGCACUGGCUAUGGACCUGGAGGUCUUCCUGGAGGUACUGGAGGUGCCCUGGGUGCAGGAGGACUUGGGGCUGGAGUUGGGCCUGGAGGUGGACCAGGCGGCUUUGGACCAGGCGGUGCUGGAGGAUAUCCUGGUGGAGCCAAGUCUCUCAAAUAUGGGCUACCUGGUGGUGGCGGAGCCCCUGGAUCUGGUCUGGAUGGAAGAUUUGGUGUCCCAGCAGCAGGUGGCUAUGGCCCAGGGACCGGAGGAGCACUCGGCACUGGGAGAGGAUAUGGACCUGGUGGAUAUGGGCCUGGGCCUGGGACUGGUUACGGACCAGGUUAUGGAGCUGGAUCAAAGCCUGCUAAAUAUGGUCCUGGUGGAGCAGGUGCUGGUGGGGUACUUGGAGGUGGAGCAGGACGAGGUGGCUAUGGACCAGGAGGCUUUGGAACUGGCACUGGAGGCUAUGGCACAGCUGGAUCUAAAGCUGCUAAAUACGGGCAACCAGGUGGCGUUGUACCCGGGUCAGGAGCAGGGACUGGCACUGCAGGAGCAGGAACAGGGACUGGCGUUGGAUCCUUUUAAUACUGUCAUUCCUCUAGGUGAUGGUGGUGCUGGCAGUGUGAUAGAAGGGUCUGGGAGUCCUGGAGGAGAAGGUUCCACAGGAGCGUCUCCUGCUGGGACAGGUGUUGGUGGUACAGGAGUUCCCCCUGGAGGCACUGGUGGUGAUGUCUCAAGUGGGGCACUGCCUGGAGCCAAACCUCUCAAACCUCCAGGAACAGGAGGUUUUGGACCAGGUGGUGCCGGCACAGGACUGGGAAUAAGAAAACCACCCAAAUCAGGCUAUGGAUCCUCUUCACUCGGUGGAGCUGGCUUUGGACCAGGUGCUGGAGUUGGACCUGGUGGAACAGGUACUGGACCAGGCAGAUAUGGGCCUGGUGGCUUCGGACCAGGUGGUGCUGGCAUAGGAACGGGAGGCUUUGGACCAGGUGGCACUGGCACAGGAACAGGUGGCUUUGGACCAGGUGGUGCCGGCACAGGAACAGGUGGCUUCGGACCAGGUGGCGCCGGCACAGGAACAGGUGGCUUCGGACCAGGUGGUGCCGGCACAGGAACAGGUGGCUUCGGACCAGGUGGCACCGGCACAGGUACAGGUGGCUUCGGACCAGGUGGCGCCGGCACAGGAACAGGUGGCUUCGGACCAGGUGGUGCUGGUACAGGAACAGGAGGGUUCGGACCAGGCGGUGCUGGGACAGGAACAGGAUUUGGACCAGGUGGUGCUGGGACAGGAACAGGAUUUGGACCAGGAAGUCAAGUUAUGGAGGUGCUGGUUAUGGAUCAGGAGGAGGUGCAGGAACCAGCCCUGGUGGAGUUGGAGCUAGACCUGGUGGCUUCGGUCCAGGAGGUGCUGGAACUGGUGGAUUCGGUCCAGGAGGAGCUGGAACUGGUGUCCCCCGAGGUGACACACCAGGUGAAGGUGAUGGAGAAGGAGGUCCUGAUGGAGAGAGAGGUGGCACAGGAGGCACAGGUGGAGGACCAGGAGGAGUAG